CGCUAGACUCGCUUCAGGACAGCGCGAUCAAGCAACACCGGCAACCACUCCAACUCACAGUCGCAAUCGCGCACUUUCGCUGCGGACCGCCACAAUGCCCACCUACCGAAGCAUCAACAUCGCUCUCCACUCCCAGUUCGACGUCGAGACGAUCCCAGAAUACUAUCCUCUCACCUCAGGACAUUUCGCUUCGCGCUGCAUCACCGACUUCACACCCCCGCUCGUCGAUGACAAGACCUCGACAUGCAGCGUCUACAUCCCUGUGCUGCCCGGGAGUACAUUCUGGAUUGGAUACUCUGUCUCACCGCCGGUUCCAGAGGGGCAGUACUUUCUGUUCAAACUGUACAUCGACGGGGCGCAUGCCAUAAGCUGGUCUACGGGCAAGGACGAGGAAUGGCGGGGAAAGACUAUGUUUGGCCUGUUUGAGGGGGAAGAGAGUACAGAGAGUAGGAGAAAGAUCGAGAAGCGGGUGUUGUGUUUUUCGCCACCAAACAAGAAUGGGAAGGACGUGUUUGACGAGAAGAGUUGUGUGGAAAUCAGGGUUCAUCGUGCACAUGGGCGGAAGAGAAUUGAAAGGCAGUUCGGCGAGUACAACGAGACUGACAAGGGUGUCAGCAGACUUGUGAGUGCUGGGCGCGCAGGUCCGGAGCAACUGAAGCGGUUCUAUAAGUUCGCGCUCAUCGACCCGACGAAUCAACCGUUUGCGACGUUUCGAUACUACUACCGUACCUGGGAGCAAUUGAGAGAUUUGGGACUGCUUGAAGAGGAGUACGGUGCAGGUGAAGAAAACGAUCUUUCUGUCAUCGAGCCCGAGGGGGCUGUGAGCCAGGACGAGACUGAGGACGAUGAUGAGGAUACCGACCGCAUUACCAACGACGAGAUAGAGGAUGAAAAUAUGGCGAGCUCGGUCAGACAUACUUCUGAACGCUGCCAGAGUAUGGUCGAGGUAAAGAUACCAUCGACUACAGUCACUCCGCACCGUCAAGCGAGCGAUACCUCAGAACACCCACGCGUAUACCUUCCCCGCGGUACUCCUACAACAUGCCCAAACGCGGUGGACGGACAAGCAAAUGCGCAAGAACAGCGACACAACGGCGUAUCUACUCCGUCUAGCGUCUACCGCCUUUCCUUCCCGCCAUCUGUGAAGCUUGAUGCUCCUGACCAGAGCCUGAGGCCUUUACCCGCUGUCCCAGAGAAGAGUAGCUCUUACUCAAACACGUCAUAUCGCCCGCACCCAGCAUAUCCAGUCGAAGAAUGGGCCGUACGCACUCCGAGCCCGGAGAAGUCGUUUAGGGAUGGCGUCUCGACGCCGCCGCUGGUGAGGAAGAGGCAUGCUUCAUCGUUGAUGCAGAUGAUCUCAUCCACCUGGAAGCGUCGUGGUACUCCAAGUGCGGAACGGACGGGGUCCAUCGAUGGGGUACGGAGUGUUACUUUGUGA